CUUUUUUUGACACACUGUUUGUCUCUUGCAUUACGUGUUAUAUUCUUUUUGUGCGCACACCACCGGGAAGACCAAGGAAGGGGACAAAGGAGGCAAUAAAAACAAAGAAGAAGAUGGCGGGAGUAUGGAAGUGCACGCUAACCCUGGCAUUGUUGAUGUUUGUGUGUGUCUGGGGCGCAAGCGAGGCCGUAGGUGGUGCAAAGAGUCGACCCAGACCCAAAAGACCACCUCGCAAGAAGCCCAAGGCCGAGCCUAUAGAUCUGACGCCGCCUCAGAAGAAUAUAGACAUCCAACAGAUGACAGGGACAUGGUACUUGCUCAACACUGCCUCCAAAUGCUCCUACCUAAUCAAUCAUGGAACCAAAGUGGAACCAACAGUCAUGACUCUCAAUUUCCCCCCCACCUCUGACCAAUCAGUGUUGGUUAGCACUAAAACACGUCAUAAUCAUCAGUGUUGGGAGAUAUUGCAGAUGUACAAUCUAACCCCGACCCCAGGACGGUUGACACUUCCAGGAUCUCGAGCCGAGCUGAACACUGACAUCGUGAUCGGAGAGACAGACUACAACUCGUACGCCAUCAUGUAUUAUCAGAAACAAGGCAAAAUCACCAUAAAACUCUACGGCAGGUCAGUUGACAAUCUAUCAGAGCCAAUGUUAACCAAGUUUGAGCAACUUGCUGAAAAACAAGCUUUGGGACUGGCAUUUCUCUUCCCCUUCCCGACCUACAGUCACUGUGGGGAUGUCGACCAGCAUCACAAAAUCAACUGUGUCCCCACAUGCUGAACCAGCAGAACACGCACCCAGCUGUGCUGCCAUUUGUUGUCCUGAUCAGUAGUUCUCGGCUCCACUGAACUUAAAAUAAAUGCACUAACCCGUUACAACGCUAUGCAAAGAUAAUGGCAUUCUAACGAAGUACACUACCGAAAAGUAAAACAAUAAUAGCAUCGAUGUUACUCAUGAGUGACACUCAGCUAGAAUUGUGCAAUUAUAGCGUAACUCAGGAAUUCCCGAGUCUUUAUUUGAACAGUCAAUACCCUGUUGAAUGGUUAAGUCAUUUCAAAACUAUUACUGCAAAUGUAACACAGUUUCAGCGUUUUGCUAGUCACAGUUUCUUUUUUUCCUGUCAUGAUUUUACAGCAUUUCACGGUGAUUUCUUUUGACAGUGUUAUAGAUAUAAAGAAUAAAAAUAAAUACGAGCAACAACUGAAACAGAUAAUAAAUGGUCAUCAACUUGCA